ACUCCAGACCCUCGCAAUGAGCUGUCGUCGGCGGGCAGCGGCAGGGUGGUGACAUGGCGCAGCAGACCCAGCCCUACCCCAUACCCUGGGGACUGCACUACCAGCACAGGGAAUCCUCGACGCCCACAUCAUCAGCUCGCCCGUACGAACACCCCCACACACACACCCACCCGCAGCUGUACGCGCGACACGCACACACACAUGCGCACACGCUGAUUGACCAACAUGAGCCAUGUAAGGGGGAGGGAGAGGAGACGCGUCCUGAGUACAGGGACUACUCCGCACAGAUGCACAGAUGCAGUUCCUACGGGAAGUGUGGUGAAGAAGUAGCGGAGGAGCCGCGCGAGAGACAGGAGCCGGUCUCCAGCACCGACCACCACCAGCACUGGGACGAGAAACUAGUAAGCAGUUCCUUAUGCUCCACGUCAGCGCCGACCACGUCAGCGCGCACUGAUGCUGCGUCUCCACACCAACACGUCACCACCACGCAUGCUGGUGGUGGUAGACGCGGUGCUCUCCAGCUGUGGCAGUUUCUGGUGUCGCUGCUGGCUGAGGGGGCGCGCUGUGUCGCCUGGACCGGCCGCGGGCUGGAGUUUAAACUGCAUGAGCCUGAGGAGGUGGCUCGCCGGUGGGGCGCGCAGAAGAAUAGACCAGCGAUGAAUUACGACAAGCUGUCCCGGUCACUCCGAUACUACUACGAAAAGGGUAUCAUGCAGAAGGUAGCAGGAGAACGCUACGUCUACAAAUUCGUCUGCGACCCAGAAGCCCUAUUCAGCAUGGCUGCCCCCCCUCGCGCCAGGUCUCCCCCCCCACCGGCCCCCUACGACGUCCUCACCUCCCUAUACGGGGGGGUGUACCCCCAAUACCUGCAGCCCCCUCCUCAAACUGCCGACUACCAAAGACGGUACUACCAUCACCAUAUUAACCAUAGUGGACAUUAUGACGCAUAAAAUAAGGUUCAAUUUUGUUUGUAUGAUAGCCAAAGAAAUUUUUAUUUAUGUUUUGUUUUUCGAUUUUAAACUGUAUUUGUUGUACGUUAAAGUUGAGUUUGGUUUGUUCGGUCUUUGGUCAGUGUGAUGGCAAAGAAUUCUAUUGUUUUUUUGGUUGAUUUUGCAUUUUAAACCUUAAUAGUUUAGUUUUAAGGUUGUGUUUUAAUUGUGACUCUGAUUUGAAAAGCUAAUAUCGAUU